AUGGCGGUCGGAAUAUGGGAAGUUAUUUCGGGGAUGCGCGUUAUUGUUCUCGAAUUGAAACAAAGCUUGACUGGAGCGAAAUUAUCAAAACGAAAGGCAAAAUUGGUAAAUGAGGAUAUUUCUUCGGAUGAAGACGAUUUGUUGUACGAUGAUAGUGGCAAAUUUAUUGAAAAUCAAAGUGAUGAAGAGCAGUAUGAAGACAUGCAAGAGAUGGCAUACCGGAAAGCAAAACAGCUUUUGGACGAUAUUCAGACUGAACAGCAGAAUGAAAGAGGCGAACCGUACGAUAAUGAGACCGUUACCCAUCGUUUGCGAGAUGAUGCUUUAUCGAAAGUUGCAACUCGACAUCGAAAAGUUGCAGAGGAAGUACGAUUAAGUGGUACUGCGAUACAGUAUAAAGCCCAUAGGUACUCAACUGUUGCGGUUGUUAUAUCACAUGACGGCAGAUAUGUGGUGAGUUGCUCGAAGGAUGCAACAAUAGCGAAGUAUGAUUUAGAAGAAGGAAAGAUAACAGCUUCUAUAAAAUAUAUUAAAGGAAGUUGCAUAUCUCAUCGAGGCCAAAUAUUUUGUCUUGCAAUCUCGGCCAAUGAUCGAUAUCUUGUAAGCGGUGGUAGCGAUGCUAUUAUACGGGUUUGGAAUUUCAGUAAUUUUCAGCAUGUUAAAAAUCUUACCGGACAUAUGAAUGCGAUAACCGGACUAGUAUUUCGAUUGAAUACUCAACAAUUGUACAGUUGUUCCAAAGAUAGAUGUGUUAAACUGUGGGAUUUGGAGCAACUGGGAUACGUAGAUACUCUGUUUGGUCACGUUGAUGCAAUAGUAGAUAUUGACGCUUUAUCAAGGGAACGUUUGAUAACUGCAGGCUCUCAAGAUCGUACUGUGAGAUUGUGGAAAGUGCCUGAAGAUAGUCAUUUGAUAUUUAACGGUUAUUCAAGUUGCUUUAGCAUUGAUUGUGUGGCACUUAUCAAUGAAGACCAUUUUGUGUCCGGUUCAGCUGAUGGAAGCUUAUGUGUUUGGUCAAUAUUUAAAAAAAAACCAGUUUGUUCACAAGUAGAAGCGCAUGGUCGCGAUAUUGAUAAUCAGCCAAAUUGGAUUGUAUCCGUUGCAGCACGACGAUAUACAGAUCUUAUUGCAUCAGGUUCAUGUGAUGGAUUUGUUCGUUUAUGGAAAGUUGCGGAAGAUUAUAAAUCGAUAACAAAUAUUUUAUCUUACGAGAGAAGCGGCUUUAUCAAUCGGCUCAGAUUUUCGGAUGAUGGUGAAGAAGUAGCAUGUGCCGUGGGUCAGGAACACAAAUUUGGAAGAUGGUGGAAAAUUGCGGAAGCUAGGAAUGUUAUUACAGUUUUUUCACUUAUAUAUGAUACUGUUGAAUAA